UGUUUUUUGUACCUCCGCAAAUGUAACCAUGUAACAUGCUAAUUGGAUGCAACACAAGCAACAUCAUCUGCGUGCCAAAGCAACAUCAACCAAACCAAACCACUUAACAUGCUAAUUUGGCAAACAUAUAAUUGAUUAAAAAAGGCAAUUUAGACAAGAAAAUUACCAACAUUAUAGCUGGAUGACUCAAAAAAGGAGUCACCUUUUGGUUGUCUCUUGUGUGGGUCUCUCUGUUGAUCCCAUUUGUCCUCCACGACUUUCAUCUUUUUCUUCUUCUUCUUUUCUCCUCUCUUUCAAUUCUUCCUCUUUUCUUAACACAGCUCAACCAUCAGUUCUUUUUCUUCUUUUCUUGUCAAAACCCCAAUUAUCUCUUUUUGUCUCCUCUUUCACUCUUCACCUAUCCUUGAUUAAAAAAACUUAACUUUAUUUCAUACAGAUUUGUGGGUGUUAUUUGUUUUUUGUUAAAUCAAUAGUAGGGUAAGUGAAUCCAUGACCUGAAGUGAAUUCUUGGAAAAUGAGUAAAGGAAAUUGAAGAGUGAAAAUAUACAAACGAAUAUGAGAACCCUUUGUGAUGUUUGUGAAAGUGCUGCCGCCAUACUUUUCUGUGCUGCUGAUGAGGCUGCUCUCUGUCGUUCUUGUGACGAAAAGGUCCAUAUGUGCAACAAGCUUGCAAGUCGACAUGUAAGAGUUGGGCUAGCUGACCCCAGUAAAAUCCAGCGUUGUGACAUAUGUGAAAAUGCACCUGCUUUCUUUUAUUGUGAGAUCGAUGGAAGUUCCCUUUGUUUGCAAUGUGAUAUGAUUGUCCAUGUUGGAGGUAAAAGAACCCAUGGAAGAUAUCUCCUUAUAAGGCAGAGAAUUGAGUUUCCGGGAGAUAAGUUGGGCCCUUCAAAUGAGCUAGGAUUGCCAUCUACUGAACAGGGUGAUGUAAGGAGAGAGCCUGCACAACCCUUUAAGCUCCCUAUGAUAGAAAAUCACCAACCAAACAGGGAGACCGCUAUGGUAGUGGUAGAAAAUAACGUGAAUAAUAGCGUGAAAAUGGAGAAUGAGUUGAUUGACCUUAACUCCAGACCUCAAAGGAUGCAUGGUCAAACGUCAAAUAAUCAGGAACAAGGAAUGGACAUGCUUGGUGGCAGCAAUCAUGAGUCAGUCGGUGUGGUUCCUGAUGGACCCUUCAAAAGAGAACCAAAGAAGUGAUCAAGAUGUGAGCUGCUGCCAUUCCAAAUUUCAAACUUGAAUUAUGAAUUGGAGUUGCCGGCCCCAACUGAGUUCUAUGUAAUGUCAAAGCUUUAAGAGAGGCCUUUGAACUAAUCGGGACCAAGUUGAGGUAUUUCUUGAGUGAAGAGCUAUCUGAAGUUCAUUAUUCAACCACUUCAUGCAUAUACUUUGAGAAGAGGAUCAGAAAGAAAUUCUGCCAUCUCGCUUUGGAGAGAGGAUAAGGCUGCAGUCACCACAUUUGCCUCUGUAAUUUCCUGUAAUGAGUAAUGAGAAAAAAACAAUCUUUACAGAUUCAAGAGGAACUGAUACUCUAUAUAGCAGUGACAUUCAUUUAAUUGUAAUUUUUAUUCAUCAAGUUUCCACCAUUACAAUUGUAAUCUCACCUGGUUUGAAUUCUGUUGUUAAACUUUAUAAUCUUUUAAGGUUGACACAAAUUAUUGGGGAGAAAAUCCCCAGUACCAAA